AUGAGAAUAUGCUCAAAGGUGUUGGUUUCGGAUUUAGAGACCUGUCAUCGAAGUAGGUGUAAACCUAAACAAGGUGUCUUAUCGCUUUGCGAUGAAAAUGGAGAUGUCAUUAUUUUCAUCAAUGAAUCUUCCUCAAAUACGUGCAGGAAAUUCAAAAUCUCAGCAAACAUUGAAAGGCUAUUCACUAAUCACGUUAGAGUAGGAAACCUGACGAUUCAUCUGAAAAUUCCCCCUAAAUUUAUAAUGAUUCAUCAGGCUGAACCCUCGAAAUUGAUGAAGCUAGUAAACAUUUUAAACCUUAUAAAAUCGGGUGACAAAAUACCUGUUGGAAUUCUUAGCAACAGGCCUGCUACAAAAGAAGUUAGGAAAGUAGGUCAUCGCCGGCUGGUUAUAACAAGAAGAGAGGACUAUCCUUUUUCUCAAGGCUUCAGUGUAUCUCUGCAUGAAGUAGCUGCAGCAGGAUUGAGAUUGCGUCAGUUUGAUACAAGACUUCUCAAACUAUACAGUUUGCGCUUCCUUGACCUGAGUGCUAAUUUACUGGAAACAAUUCCUCAGGAAGUACAAUAUCUCAAUGUAGCUCAUUUGUGUUUAUGUAAAAACCGCAUCACCCAAUGGCCGUCAAUUUCCGAAAGUUCACCACUAACUAAAACCCUGGAACUUAUCGAUUUGAGUAGUAACAAUUUAACUUGGUUGCCAGAUGAUUUUUGGGUCCUUACGAACCUUAGGAACAUUAAGCUUUCAAUAAAACUCAAUGAAGAACAGUUUUCGAAUCAUACCAUUCUACGACAUGGUCCCUCCUGA